AUGAAAGGAAAAAGUUCAGAAUCCUUAUAUGUAAUGAAUUCAGCGGCGGUAUUCCUCCACAACGAUCUCGUCACAGAGGUCCUCUCUGCUCUUCCGGUGAAAUCUCUUGUUCGUUUUAAGUGUGUCAGUAAGCAUUGGAAAACCCUUAUCUCCGAUCAUUCCUUCGUGAAGUUGCAUCUUAGGAGAUCACAAACACGAAAUCAAUACUUAACAUUAGUAACAUCAGAAGAGUUUGAUCGCCGUAUUGUUCCAUAUCCUAUAUGCCGUUUACUUGAUAACCCCUCAUUCAACCUUUUUGAUGAUUCUGACCAUCGUUUGAAAUACAGCAGAUGUGAACGUAUAGUUGGUUCAUGCAAUGGUUUAAUUCUUUUUUCGGAUAUACUUUCCGAUUACGACUUUAAUAUAAAGUCUUAUCGUAGAAGUUACUGGCUCUAUGUUUGGAACCCAGCCACCCGGAAAACUUCUGAAAGAUUUGAAUCUUCGGGUCUAUCUUUCAAUUUCAACUUUGCAUUUGGUUGUGAUAAUUCAAACGACACUUAUAAAAUAGUGGCGUUCUCUUACCUUGAAGAUGAAUUUAAAACCGAGGUGAGAGUUCUUAGUUUAGGUGAUUAUGUUUGGAGAAAUGUUGAAUGUUUCAUGAAUGUUAUUCUUCCGCAAAAUUAUGUGUAUUUGGGUGAAACUAUUAACUGGUUGGCUAUUCACAAGCGUAAGGAUAUUAUGGUUGAGUUGUUUGUUAUUAUUUCAUUUGAUUUGAGAACAGAAACAUACAAGGAAAUGGAAGUUCCUUGUGGUUUUAAUCAAGUCUCUUGGAAACUGCCCGAUCCAGUUCUUGGUGUGUUGGAAGGCUGCCUUUGUUUUUCUUAUUACAACGAAAAGGAUUUCGUCAUAUGGCUGACGAAAGGAUUUGGAGUUAAAGAUUCUUGGACUGAAUUUCUUAAAAUUAAUAAUCUAAAUAUUCAAAUAGAUUAUAACUAUAUUGAUAGACAUCCGUGGGUGCCAUUGCUUUUGUCUGAUGAUACACUAAUACUGACGAGCCAUAAUGAAUCUCAGGCAAUUCUCUAUAAUUGGAGAGAUAAUAGAGUAACUCGAACAAACAUUAUUGGUAGUAGAACCGGCUCUUAUUUAGAUUGGCAGGAUGCCAAAGUUUAUGUUGAAAGCUUAGUUCCAAUUUCUAAAUGUAAGUUUGUCUUCAAUGGUUUACUUAUUUGA